AUUACACUUUGUUUACUUCCGGUUGUAAGAAAAUAGAAAAAUAGUGUUACCUUACCACUCAUCCCAUUUCCAGCCUUUACAAACGGUCUGCACUGUGAUUGAAUAAUGAGAAGAUCAAGAAAUGGAUCAGGUGAAGAAGUGAAAUACCACAAAUUAAGAAGAAAUGUUGAUGAUGGCUUUAUAGAUUUACAGUUUCAGAGACCACCACCAAAGAUACCAUACAAAGCUAUAUCACUUGCUACAGUGCUGUUUGUCAUAGGAACUGUCCUGCUUGUUAUUGGAUCUAUGUUGUUGACAGGUUACAUUGAUGCUAAGUAUGGUGACAGAACCUGGCCUGUGAUAAUUUUAGGAGCUAUCAUGUUUAUUCCUGGUGCCUAUCAUGUUAGACUGGCAUGUUAUGCUUAUAAAGGAUAUGAUGGAUAUUCUUAUGAUGACAUUCCAGAAUUUGAUGAAUAACACAAGGAACAUUUUAGUAGCCUGAAAACACCUUUAUAUCAGGCAAUUUCACAUUUUUAUUGAGGAAAAACCAUAGAAUUCUUGACAUUUAUAAGGUGUUGCAGAAAAAAACUUAAUAUAUAUAAAGAACAUUUCUUUAAUCUCAUGUAAAUAUGAGAAAUGCAUAUCAUUAUUGUGUCUUUUAAUAAUUUGAAUAUAUAUUUUAAGUGUCAGUUACUUGUAUUUAGACCACAAUUUUUGUUUUAAUGCAUAAUAUAGUACCCCGAAAAAAUAAUUAUAAAUGUAUGCAUUUUUUAUUUUAAAACCAUGACUACAAUAGCAAAACUAAUUACAUGUAGCAUGGUUUUGUCAAGAAUUUAUUGAGUGUUUUUUUGGUAAAAAAAAUGAUGUUUAAUUGAAAGAAGUAAUAACAUUUUUAAAAGUGCUGUUUGUGAUUUUCAAUUUCAUUUCAUAAUAAUUGUUAAGAGUUAUUGAAAUGUACCAUCAUUUUAUAUUAUUCAUUAAUGGGUUAAGUUUGGUGGAUGGUGGUUGUUUAGAAAGCAAAUUUUUAGAAAUAAAGGAAUUUAUAAUAAAAAAAAAGUCUUUUUCACUGUACAAAUGUAUCUCCCAUUUAUUAAUUAACAGCCCUCACUUGAAAUAUAAAUUAUAGGAGUCAUAUUUCCUUUAACUUUUCUGUUUACAUAAUGUGAUAUCUGAAAUCCAGUUUUUAUUGUUCAUAUACGUUUAAUGCAAAAAAUAUGUCGGACUGCAGAAUGCAGUUUCUUUCAUUUGACAGUAUAAGUUUUUUUUUUUAAUUUUUGACAUUUUGAAGGAGCAAUUCUUUUAUUUUUUUCUAUUCGAAUGUAAUAUAAUGAGUAUGAAUCUGACAAUUUUCUUUGAGUGGACUAAACAUGAAACAAUUUUGUCAAUUUUUUAUUUAAUAAGAAUAUAUUGCCUUUAUUGAUACAUGUAGUAAAAAUGUAAAGGAGUACAACGAUUAUUUCAUGGAUCUGUGCAAUAUUUAAGUUUGUGGUGAAGCUGUAAUUACAUGUAAUGUACAUGUAUUACAUAUUAUAAAUGUCUUUACAGUUCUUAUAAGUACUAAAAAUAUAAGUAAUAUGAUUUAUUUGUACAUAUUUUGAAAUCAUGUGGUUAAUUUGUAUAUUUUGAAAUCAUGUGGUUAAUCUGUAUAUUUUGAAAUCAUGUGGUUAAUUUGUAUAUUUUGAAAUCAUGUGGUUAAUUUGUAUAUUUUGAAAUCAUGUGAUUUAUUUAUGUAUUUUGAAAUCAUGCUUGUGAAAUGAUUUAUCUCAGAUCCUUUUCACUUUUUAAAAAAGCAUAAAUUUUGAAUGAUUGAAUUUUAUUGUUUUCAAAAAUUAAUAGGAACUAGGAUAAUAAUUACAAAGUGAUUUGUUCAGCUGUUUUUUUUGGGGGAAGGGCUGAAGAUGUAUGGUGUUUUUAUACAACCACAAUUUUUUUUAUAAAAUAUAAUGUCGUCAUCUGCAUCAUCCGAAGACACAUUUGGUUUCCAGACAAUAACUUAAGUUUAAGUGAAUGAAUCUCCAUGAAAUUUAAUAAGGUGGUGCAAUACCACAAAGGGAAGGUUGGGAUUGAUUUAGGAGAUGAUGGUUCAAAUUGUUUAGGAAUUAGGGACCCAAAAGCAAGCAUUUUUCUACUUUCAGGAUAAUAACUUGUGUAUAAAUAUUUCAAUUGAUCUGAAAAUAUACCACAAUGUUAAAUACCAUAAGUAGAAGGUUUGGAUUCAUUUUGAUGGUUAUGGUGCCAACAGUUUAGGAAUUAAGGGCCAAAAAGGGGCACAAAACAAGCAUUUUUGUAGUUUCUGGCCAAUAACUUGUGUGUAAGUGUAUGGAUCUCUCUGACAUUGUACCACAAGGUUCCAUAUCACAAAAGGAAAACUGGGAUUAGGUUUAGGGUUAAAUGCAGGAAUUAGGGGCUAAAAAGGGUAAAAAACAAGCAUUUUUCUAGUUUCCAGAAAAUAACUUGUGUUUCAGAGUAUGGAUCUCUUUGAAAUUGUUCUACAAGGUUGCAUAUUACAAGGGGAAUGCUUGGAUUGAGUGUGGGGGUAAUUGCUCAAAGGGGGGAUUAAAAUUUUUGGGGGGUUCCAAUUUUUUUAAAGGUUCAAAUUUAAUAAACUGACAAUAGUUAAAUUGAUUAUAAUCAUAUUAGAGUGACAGUGGUAUAAGCAAACUGAUUCAGAAUAAUCCUGAAACAAAUUGACCUAUACAAAUGUUUUGUGCUUGUAUUUCUUAAUCUUUUUUUUAUUACAUUUUCACAAAUCCAUGGUAACUGUUAUUCUUAUAAAUAAAGUUGUAAUUAUGAUUUUUUUGGAUGUAAAUAUUACUCUCAUUAAAUUAUAUGAAUACUG